UUACAUCUUACUUAUAUUUCCUCGAAGAAUUUUAAAAUUAACGAUUAUCAAUAUAUAUUAUUACUGUGUUCUAUUCUAACCUUAUAUCGAUACAUACAAUGAAAAAUAUUUAACUAAUCAAUUUACAUUAAUCGAUACAAAUAAAAUUAUACGAUAUAACCAAUUAAUUUUCACUAAAUGAAAGAUAAAAAGAAUCAUUUUUCAAGGUAUAAAUGACUAAAUGUCUCAUAGUGUGUACAAGAUAUUUACCAAUGUUCCGUGUAACGAAACGUCACAUUCCAAGUCACAGAAUGGUCAGAAUGUUUGCUUUUCCUCGUUCGACGAAUUUCACGAGCGUUGUUUUCACUCCGGGAAGUCGAGUGUAUGGAAAAAAAGGCAGCAAGGCAAGCAGCUAAGGCUUGACCGAAAGGUACUGGCGACGGUGCUUUUAAAGCUGUACCGCGUGUUUGUUUGCGGCCCGUGUUAAUUCGUCGUACAAAUAACCGGCGACGGCCCUCGGACCACGAACGAUUCGUAGCCGUUGCAAAUGAUCAGUUCCUCGCGGGCAAUACGUGUAACUGCAUUGCGUUUCACCGUUCCAUCGCGUGAUCUUUGAAAAAAGGCAAAUGAAUGCCUCUCGGUGUGCUGGGUGAAGUGAUGUCUUAAGCAGUGGAUGCUUCGUAUCGAAUACGCUAGUUGUUUGCGAUGGAUUAUCGAGUUCGUUCCGCAACGAAAAUACAUCGGAUUAUACGCAGCCAUUAUCCAUCGAAACACACUUGAAAUCGUGGAGAAGAACGAAACAAGUCAAUACGUGUGGAGGUUUACGACGUCGGGGUUGGAAAUCAACGAAGAGAACGGCCGCGUCGCAAUAGGGAGACCACUCGUGCUCGGGAGUGUCGAAUGAAUGAUACGCAAACAAUAUUGGAUCAUUUUGAAUCUGCCGGGACGAUCCACUCGCUAUGGCGUCAAUUCUCUUCCCGACGUUUGGAGAAAUCUUCUUUGAGAGUUGGCAUCUUGCGUCCUUUUUGUUUCCCCAUGUGGCGAAGAAGAAUUAUCGUUGUUCGUUCACCGCCCCACCCACGGCCCAUCAAAGCAGCUGGAAAACGAGACGGCAUGGACUAGCCGUUCGCCCCGUGGAAACCCUUGGAAGGGAAAAGGGCAUCCCCUCCCUCGGCCCUGCAAGCGUCGCGACGCUCGGCGACGCCGGUGCAACGUCGUCGAUCCGCCUCUUCGCCCCUGUCGUCUCAGCCGGAAGGCUGAUGUUUUUCUUUGUAAACUUGUAAAUAAAAGGCCUCAAAGUGUACGGCGCCGUGGAGAAAACGUUUCACCCGUUCGAGCUGUGCAGCAGGCUUUCCCGCGUGUUCCAGCCGGGAACACUGGCCGGUAUACAAGCUACCGGAGCGGGGAAUUCCACCGGGGUGACCUGGUGGGCCAUGAUGAACGGAUCCCUCUACGAGGACAGCCCACCACCGGUCCCGCCAACAGCCUCGAGCCUUAUCUCCGUUCAACAGCAACAACAACAGCAGACCCCAACGCCCGCGUCUCACCAACAAGCGACCACACCAACCUCGCCCGGUGCACCGGCCUCCUCGGCCACGAGCGCGCCUCCGCCGCCAACGGCCAGCGCCAGCUCGACCUCGCCGAGCGCUUCCUCGGUGGCGAGCAACAGCGCGCCAGGACCUCUCCACAUACCCGCCAAGAGGUUGACCGCGACACCGGCCGCUUCCUACGGAGAGGUCGGCUGCGUGGAUUCCGCCGCCGCGCCCGCCGCUGGACCAGCGGGCGUCAUCCGUCAUUCCCACUCAUCCUCGGCCGGAUCCCAAGGCGGCUGGAGUUACAGCCCUCAUCAUCCGCAGGAAUCUCACUAUUCGUCAGCGGCCGAUUCGUUGAACCAUCAUCAAACGUACGGGGGUAACAACCCCCCGACGUAUUACAACCUGGCGGCCGACCCUACCUCCACUUCCGGCUCCUCCAGGGACAACCGGAAGGCGGGCACGCUCAGCUUCUGGUCGCCAGCGGCGGCGACGGCGGGCUCGGCCACGGCCGGGUCCACUUCCGAUUACAAGUCGUACAACUCGGCUGGAGUCGCGACCACGAGCUCCUCGACGGGAGCAGGUUCCUCUUCCGCGGCCACGGGGGCCGCGGAUCCGGCCGUCUCUUCCUGUCACCAGAGCUUCUCCCAGAGCUGGUGUAAUUACGCGCCGUACACCACGGCCAGGCAUCACCAUCCGGUUGACACGGCCGGCCAUCAUCAUCCGCAUUCGCAGGCAGGGGUACCAUAUUUGACGCCGUCCGCGGCGGACGACCGGGGAAGAGUCACUGCCGCCAUGGUCGCCGCAGAAGGCGCCUUCCCUCACGAUGGAUACGGGGGCCUCAGGAAUUACGGGGCGCCCGAACCUGUCACGUCCAGCCCGUACCCACCUCCAGUGAUGUGGGGUUCCUCCCCAUCUUCGUUGUUUCCCGCAGGUUCCCUGGCGGGAGUUGGCGUAGGUGUCGGGGUAGCUGGUAUGGGCGUCGGUUGCGGGAGCUCGAACCCAUUGGAAUGGACCGGCCAAGUGACGGUACGGAAGAAACGCAAACCGUAUUCCAAAUUCCAGACGCUCGAACUAGAAAAGGAAUUUCUGUUCAACGCUUACGUGUCGAAGCAGAAACGGUGGGAGCUCGCGCGAAAUCUGAAUCUGACUGAGCGACAGGUGAAGAUAUGGUUUCAAAAUCGACGGAUGAAGAAUAAAAAAAAUAGUCAACGGCAGCAGCAGAACAAUAACAAUAACAACAGCAGCGCCAAUAAUGCAAAUCACCACGCGGCGACCGGUAGUCACCACCAUCCGAGCGCCGCGCAUGCGCCACCCUCGAGUCAUCACGUGGUCGCGCAGGCGCACCACGCAAAUGGUUCCGCGAAGCAUCAUCAGUGACCCGUGGCCUUCUCUGGGGUCGUCUUCGGCCAUCCACACUCUAAUCACAGCUCUACAAACGGUUGCACAGGAACUGGGACCGGGACUGGGACAGGGACAGGGACUGGGAACGCCGCUACCCAUUCCAACAGCCACGCGAGCCUGGUUACA